AUGUGUCACGGUGUCAUGUCACACGACAGCAACAGCAAGCUGCAGAGAUGUGGGUUGACGCGCAGUGGCCCGCCGGACGUGCUUCCAGGCGCGCAGUCACGGCUGACGGCGGCCCAGCAGGAGGUAGCGCGGCUGAGUGUGGAGUGUGAAGCGAAGACUGGAGAGCUGGGCGUCAUGAGAAGCCAGCUGACACACUCUACAGCUGCCUUCGAUGCGAUGAGCGUGCUCGUACGAUACCUCACCGAACAGCCGAUGGUCAUGUGUCACGGUGUCAUGUCACACGACAGCAACAGCAAGCUGCAGAGAUGUGGGUUGACGCGCAGCGGCCCGCCGGACGUGCUUCCAGGCGCGCAGUCACGGCUGACGGCGGCCCAGCAGGAGGUCGCGCGGCUGAGUGUGGAGUGUGAGACGAAGACUGGGGAGCUGGGCGUCAUGAGAAGCCAGCUGACACACUCUACAGCUGCCUUCGAUGCGAUGAGCGUGCUCGUACGCUACCUCACCGAACAGCUGGAUGCCUUCUCCAACCCCCAGCUGGUGUCCGAGCUCGCAGACGUCAGACAGAACCUGACAGAUGCCAACAAUACAAUCUGUCAGCUGAAGGUCGACCAGCAGCAGCUGCAGACGACGAUGACCUAUCUCACAGAACAGAACAAGCUGCAGCUCGCUAGUUUACAAUCUCACCACGAGGAGGCGCUGCAGUCUCUGCAGGAGCAGCUGAAGGAAUCGCACUGCGGCGAAAUGAGCCGAGUGGCGGAGAAGCACAGGGAGGAGGUGGAGGAGGUGCGUGCUGCGGCACGGCGGGCGGAGGAGGAGAAGGUGGCGGUGUACGAGGGGAGGAUAGCUGAGCUCGCGGACGCACACAGCACAUACCUGUCACAGCUGCAUGAGGAGCAGUCGUCACGCGUCGCAGAACUCGUGGAGAGUCAGAAGCGAGACACAGCGCACACUGAGUCACAACACGACCUGGUCCGGCAGGAACUAAUGGACGAGCUGAAAGAAUUCGAACUACAUUUUGAAGCUCUCAAGCAGAGAUCGAAAGACAUAGAAGAAGCCUUGCUUAAAGAUACGGACACAAAGAUACAGAUCGUACUGGCAAAGUUCAAGGACCUUCCUGCGGAGGUGGAGAGUCUGAAGAUGGUCGUGGGGAUGAGGAAUGAAGAGAUUCGGCAGCUGCGCACAGAGAACAACGAGAUCAAGAAAGAGUUGGAACAGCUGCCCAUAGCGAGGGACCGCAUCCUCUUCCUGGAACAGCGCAACGAAGACCUCAAGGCUCUCGUGUGCAUCACAAAGGAGAACGAGAGGCAACUGACACACGACCAGAUCAAGCUUCGCACGCACUUCAACAAGGAGUCGCAAGCAAACAAGAGGCUGUCAAUGGAGAACGAGCAGCUACAGUGGCGCCUCCACCAGGAGCCGUGUGACGCGGUGCGGCGUCACAGCAGCCGCUCGGGCGGGUCCUCGCCUCCGGCGCACGACGUAACCAACGGCGACGGCGGCGACGCAGACGUGUUCAUGAGCCCGCACACAACGCCGAAGAACUCACGCAACAGCCCGACAACGCCAUCUAGCGGCAGACUUCUCAACCAGCCGCUGCGAGAGAAGAGUCCGUAUUCAGAGCACGAGGAAAAGUAGGAGGCGACAGUGUCUCCAUCUAGUGGUACUAUGACACCACCUGAUGAAACAUUAAUCUGAUGAGAUAGUCCCGUCACAAAAUCUAAUGGUGACGCCACCAAAUGAGAGGGUAAUGCCACCUGGUGGGACAGAUGUGUAAAAAAUAAGACGGUGAUGCCACCUGAUGGGAUAGGGCUACCCUGGUUUCUUUACCAGAUGGUGGCAGGUAUGUAGGUGGUUCCGUAAGUGCAUUACUACCAACCUUCACAUGCCAACAACACACAAGUGCUACUGGACUAAGCUUAUAACCACGGCUCGCCAAGAUGGCAACGAUGUAGAUAUGUCCCUCAUUCAGCGCACGUUCUGGUGUGGGCUCUCUCUCCCUGUCUUCUCUUGUCUCUCUUCAUCUUUUGCUCCCUUUUUCUCCUUUGUCCUUUUCUCUUGCCCCAUCUAUACAUCACCACGACCUCUUCUGUUCCCACUCUCCUACAUACUGCUGCCACCCUCCACCAUGGCACAGCCCACACAUCGCGUGAAGGGAGGCGGCCGGGCGCUAGCGCAUGAAACAUGUUCUUACGCGUCAGAGUAGUCGGACGAUUGCAGUGGGUCCUGGUCGGUUAAACAACUGAGCAUUUAAUCGGCAAUACUUCGCUGGUCGCGAGGACGACUGAAUCGGCAACGGAGUUUAUGAUUCGUCGUGGCGAUCCGGUGACGAGGGUUCCACCAAUCAUGAUUUUUACUAUUAUUAAUUACUUUACAACGUCUUAAUUAAGUGGUAGUUCUAUCGCAGCGUUCAUUAAGCUUCCCCCUCGAUCCCGUAUAUAUGUAUUGUAUGUAUGUACAGUUGUUUGUGUGCGUUACGAAUCUCACUGUAAAUAUGUUAACGUCGUCGGCAGUGCUAGUCACAACCCGACCGCCUCCUCCAACACCUCCUCCUCCUCCAACACCCCUCCUUCUGCUCCUCCACCCCUCCUCCUCCUCCACCACCCCUCCUCCUCCUCCACCACCCCUCCUCCUUUUCGUUUAUUAUUAGAGCUGUACCGUGUUAGAGUUAUUAUUGAUGACGUUUUAACUUAUUGAGGCGGUUUUCAUGGCGGUAAUUAAGCGGCUAGGUUUCCGCCUCCACCACGGCUUAUGCUGCAGCAGUUUCCUGCUAACAUAUAGUGGAGCGUGAAGCUGUAUGGGUGCGGGAGGGAGGGUGCGAUCGAGCGGAGGCGGGGUAACGGUCGUCACGCUUCGAGAAAGGAAUUUUGCGAAUCUGAAUUCGAGAAUUUUGUGCGGGAAUGUAUGAUACAGAAUACACCGAUGUAUAAAUAUCGUUUAUUUAUUUUGCCGAUAGUUUGAGGGGUCCCGAGAGUGCGAUUAGAGACAGUGCUUGCUAACGUAGAACCUGUGUAGAUAGGAGAGUCUGGCUGCGUGCUGGGCUCACUAUAACUGUAACCCCUAACGUAGCUCAGGGGGGGGGCAAGGUCGUAGGGUCAACGAGUGGGAGGCAGUGUUAAGCAUGUAGUGAUGAGGCAAUGACUCCCCGUGACACUACGUCGUCGCAUACACACGCGCCGUCACUGCAGUCGCUGAUUGUGGCGGAUGGGUCGCGGGGAGGGGCGUGGCGGGGCGUGGCAGGGUGUAGUCGAGCGAGGGUAGCGUGAUGUGGACACGCCCACCCUCCCUCCCUCCCUGACCAGUGCGUGACGUCACGCACGCUCCCUGUCACUCAACAUGUACCGUGUAACACAAGCAGAAAGCUGCUAACUAAUACAAUACUAAUGCUGCCCGCGGACAUUACUCGUGUGAUUUAGAAGCUAACGCUCCGGCCGCUGCAUUCUGUGGCUGGUGAGCGAGCGUCUCACGGAAUUGUUGCGCCGUGGGGAAAGAGUUAGAUAUUUAACGCAGCAGACUCAUGUGUUAGUGGGAGCAUCGCGACUCGGGUCAUGACCCCGAUGCAUGACGUCAGCAUAGCGUAAUCACAAUGAACUGUAUUUAUCCCCUCAUGAUGAAUACAGCAAACUACAUGUGCUCUAUAAAUACAGAGAAAAAUAAAAUGGUUUUAUUCGACUAUUCAAA